AUGGAGGAGGGAUCCGGGCCCGCGGCCGCUCCCCGCGGGGAACUGGCGUCCUGCUCUUCCUGGGAGGCCGGCAGUUCAAAUACACAUUUACCCAUGAUGUCAGCAGAAUCUGUAGAGAUUGAUGAUGCAUUAUACAGUCGACAGAGGUACGUUCUUGGAGACACAGCAAUGCAGAAGAUGGCCAAGUCCCAUGUGUUCUUAAGUGGUAUGGGUGGUCUUGGUUUGGAAAUUGCAAAGAAUCUUGUUCUUGCAGGAAUUAAGGCACUUACAAUUCAUGAUGUAGAAAAAUGCCAAGCAUGGGAUCUAGGAACCAACUUCUUUCUCCGUGAAGAUGAUGUUGUUAAUGUGAGAAACAGGGCUGAAGCUGUUCUUCAACAUAUUGCAGAACUAAAUCCAUAUGUUCAUGUUACAUCAUCUUCUCUUCCUUUAAAUGAAACCACAGAUCUCUCCUUCUUAGAUAAAUACCAGUGUGUAGUAUUGACUGAGAUGAGACUUCCAUUGCAGAAGAAAAUCAACGAUUUUUGCCGUUCUCAGUGUCCUCCAAUUAAGUUCAUUAGUGCAGAUAUACAUGGAAUUUGGUCACAGUUGUUUUGUGAUUUUGGUGAUGAAUUUGAAGUUUUAGAUACAACAGGAGAAGAACCAAAAGAAAUCUUCAUUUCAAAUAUAACGCAAGCUAAUCCUGGCAUUGUCACCUGCCUUGAAAAUCAUCCUCACAAACUUGAGACAGGACAAUUUCUAACAUUUCGAGAAAUUUAUGGAAUGACAGGCUUAAAUGGAUCUACACAACAGAUAACUGUGGUAUCACCAUUUUCUUUUAGCAUUGGUGAUACUACAGGACUGGAACCUUAUUUACAUGGAGGCAUAGCUGUCCAAGUUAAGACUCCUAAAACAUUUUACUUUGAGUCAUUGGAGAAGCAGAUAAAAAACCCAAAGUGCCUUAUUGCAGAUUUUAGUAAACCUGAGGCACCUUUAGAGAUUCACACAGCUAUACUUGCCUUGGGCCAGUUUCAGGAGAACUAUGGUCGCAAGACAAAUAUUGGAUGCAAAAAAGAUUCAGAAGAGCUGUUGAAACUAGCAACAUCUAUAAGGGAAACUUUGGAAGAGAAGCCUGAAGUAAAUGCUGACAUUGUGCGUUGGCUCUCUUGGACUGCUCAAGGCUUUUUACCCCCACUUGCUGCAGCAGUAGGAGGUGUUGCCAGCCAAGAAGUAUUGAAAGCUGUGACAGGAAAGUUUUCUCCUUUGUGCCAGUGGUUAUACAUUGAAGCAGCAGAUAUUGUCAAGUUCCUAAGCAAACCAGUACAGGAAGAAUUUCUCCCACGAGGAGAUAGAUAUGAUGCCUUACGAGCCUGCAUUGGAAACACUUUGUGUCAGAAACUACAAAAUUUGAAUAUUUUCUUAGUAGGAUGUGGAGCCAUAGGCUGUGAAAUGUUAAAAAAUUUUGCUUUACUUGGUGUUGGCACUGGCAAAGAGAAGGGAAUGGUUACAAUUACAGAUCCUGACUUGAUAGAAAAAUCUAAUUUGAACAGACAGUUCUUAUUUCGUCCUCAUCACAUACAGAAACCUAAAAGUUAUACUGCUGCUGAUGCAACCCUGAAAAUAAAUCCUCAAGUAAAAAUAGAUGCACACUUGAACAAAGUAUGUCCAGCCACUGAGGCUAUUUACAAUGAUGAGUUCUAUAAUAAACAAGAUAUAAUUAUUACAGCAUUAGAUAAUGUUGAAGCCAGGAGAUAUGUAGACAGCCGUUCUGUAGCAAAUCUACGGCCCCUCCUGGAUUCUGGAACAAUGGGCACUAAGGGACACACUGAAGUUAUUGUACCUCAUUUGACCGAGUCUUAUAUUAGUCAUCGGGAUCCCCCAGAAGAGGAAAUACCAUUUUGUACUCUGAAAUCCUUUCCAGCUGCUAUUGAACAUACAAUACAAUGGGCAAGAGAUAAGUUUGAAAGUUCCUUUUCCCACAAGCCUUCAUUAUUUAACAAGUUUUGGCAAACCUAUUCAUCUGCAAAAGAAGUCUUACAGAAACUACAAACUGGACACAGUUUAGAAGGCUCAUUUCAAGUUAUUAAAUUACUUAGCAGAAGACCUAGAAAGUGGUCCCAUUGUGUAGAAUUAGCAAGAUUAAAGUUUGAAAAAUAUUUUAACCAUAAGGCUCUUCAGCUCCUUCACUGUUUCCCCCUAGAUACUCGAUUAAAAGAUGGCAGUUUGUUUUGGCAGUCACCAAAGAGACCUCCCCGUCCAAUAAAAUUUGAUUUUAAUGAGCCUUUGCACUUCAGUUUCCUUCUGAAUGCUGCAAAAUUAUAUGCUGCAAUCUAUUCCAUUCCAUUUACAGAAGAGGAUAUAUCAGCAGGUGUCCUCUUGAAUAUUCUUUCAGAAGUAAAGAUUCAGGAAUUCAAACCUUCCAGUAAGGUUGUUCAAACAGAUGAAACAGCACGGAAGCCAGACCAGAUUCCUAUCAGCAGUGAAGAUGAGAGGAAUGCUAUUUCCCAACUAGAAAAGAUUAUGUCAUCUAAUAAAGCUACCACAAGUGACCUUCAGAUGGCAGUCCUUUCAUUUGAAAAAGAUGAUGAUUGUAAUGGACACAUAGAUUUCAUCACGGCUGCAUCAAAUCUUCGUGCUAAAAUGUAUAGCAUUGAACCAGCUGACCGUUUUAAAACAAAGCGCAUAGCUGGUAAAAUUAUACCUGCUAUAGCAACAACCACUGCUGCAGUUUCUGGCUUGGUUGCAUUGGAGAUUAUCAAAGUAGCUGCUGGCUAUCCCUUUGAAGCUUACAAAAAUUGUUUCCUUAACUUAGCCAUUCCAAUUAUAGUGUUUACAGAAACAACUGAAGUAAGAAAAACUGAAAUCAGAAAUGGAAUAUCAUUUACAAUUUGGGACCGAUGGACUAUACACGGAAAAGAAGAUUUCACUCUCUUGGAUUUUAUAAAUGCUGUCAAAGAAAAGUAUGGAAUUGAGCCAACAAUGGUGGUACAAGGCGUCAAAAUGCUUUAUGUUCCGAUAAUGCCUGGUCAUGCAAAAAGAUUGAAGUUAACAAUGCAUAAACUUGUAAAACCUACUACUGAAAAGAAAUAUGUGGAUCUUACUGUGUCAUUUGCCCCAGACAUUGAUGGAGAUGAAGAUUUGCCUGGACCUCCAGUAAGAUACUACUUUAGUCAUGACACUGAUUAA